UCGAGGUACGGGCAAUGCGCCCCCUAGUUGUAGGUUAUCGCACUUUGUGUGAUGUACAUGUGGACGUGCUCCUCUCCUGCGGAGAGGAAUUGGGCCGUCCACGAGGGUGUACAAACGAAGAAGCGUAACCGACUUGAGUUCGAGAAGGUCGCGAAGUUGGUUGAGAUCUCAACCAACGUCCGCCUUCUCUCUCAUCAGCGGGCAGGCCGCGGGUUCGCACUGCCGUGGACUUUGGAUGAGUCGUUGUUGGACGUGGAGGGAGGUAUCGGGAUUCACCCCUCGUGGAAGGGGACGGACGAGAGCAGGACACGGGAGGAGCUCGAGGAGCAGAGACGUUCUUGGCAGCGAGACCUAUGUGGGUCGAGAGCUCCUCCGGGUGAUGUGGGCGAUGUUCUUGGUACUCGAGCCGCCACAUUGCACCGGUACCCUCGAGACGAUAGUGAUUCCGAGGGUGACGAGGACGAGCCGGCGGGCCCCGCUACCGCCGGUCCUGCGGCGGAUGAGCGUGAUGCGUGGAGCGACCCAGAGGACGUCCGGAGACGGAGUGGUGGAGAUGACCUUUUCAUUGGAGUUGACUUGGAGGAGGAGUCCGGGGGUCGUCACGAGAGCCCUCCACAGCGUCAGAGGACUACAUCUGCUGACCCGAGGUCCUUCGAGAGGGAGAGAGAUCUUGGGUCCGCACCUUCAAAGGGGGCAGAGUCGGGGAUUGACCAUCUUCUUGCGCGUGUUCGUACUGGUACGGCAUCAUCCACCGCUCUUCCCACUUCGACGGAGCAGCUUCGUCGACAGCCAGCUGGGGAUGAUCGAUUGCACAGAUUGGUGAGGGGCCCUAGACAGCGAUUGCAGGACAGAUUAGAGGUCGGUUCUUCACCGAUGCAGGGGGACGACGGAGAUAGACAGGGGUUGGCUCGUAGAGAUGGUGGUGCGUUGGCCGGAGGUGGAGGCGGUGCAGAGGUUGCUGCGGCGGUUGAGGCGCACGAAAUUCGGAGUGCCGGGGAUGAGCAGAUACCGAUGACGGGGGGUGGAGCCGGUUUUAGUGAGUUUGGUGACUUGGGUAUGCCCCUGGGAGAGAGCGUGGGUCUGGCCCGAGGAGAGAGUGAGUCCCGUGGGGACAUCUGUGUGGGUAUGCAGGAGUUGUUGGGACAGAUCAGCUUAGUGGACCCGAGUAGUUUCUCCCCUGCCAUGCGAGCAGAGGUGAUGUCGGGGGCAGAGGGGGAUGAGGACCGGACACCCCCUGGAGAGACAUUUGCAAAGAGGUUGGAUAGGCUUGAUAGUCGUCGAGCUGGCCUCAUGGCGCAGAGGGACCCCAGGACGCAGGAGCUCGCCCGUCGUGCGGCCGAGGAGCGACAGAGGCAGUUGGGGACAUUUACGCCAGCAUCCGUUAACAUAGCGCCAGCUGCCCACACGGAUCCUCCGGCAGAGGUUCACGACACGCCGCAGCUGGAGGCGGCUUCAGCGAAGGUUUUGAGCACGGGAGUAGGUGUUCGCCAGGGCAUGCACGAGAGCGGAUUGGCACCGACAGAGGAGACAAGUUCGGAGCCAGUGCAGCCUCCUGGCGUCCAGGUGAGGCCAGAGGAGACGUUGCACGAGGUCACGACCGUCCCUCAGACUCCUCUGCCCAGGGGUUCAGUCGAGGGUGCCGUGCAGAUGUCCCCGGGUCUGGAGGACAUACAGACGGGGCAGUCAGUGGGCGUUGAUGAUAUUCGCCCAUCGACACAGGCGGAGGGGAUAGCAGCCAGCACUGGGGGGGAGGGGGCCGUAGCGGGGGCCGUUGGUGUUGGCGAGGUGGGGGUGCCUGCUUAGGGCGAUCCGAUGUCCACGUCUG